AUUCCCUCUCCUCUCAGGAGACCGUAAGUCUCUUUUAAACCCGAGAUUGCGAUCAUUUCGCGAGGAUUGUGAAGAUCGGAAGCCAGAGAAAAGAGAGAGAGCAAUAGAAAAUGGAAAGCCGGUGGAAGAUGAGAGUCAUCGCAAUAACCAUCGGGACCGUCAUGGCGCUCUCGAUCGUCUACAGCGCACACUUGCGGAGACGCCGCCGGAAGCAGAAGCGCUCCCGGAGUUCGUGUUAUUUACAGUCCGAUCAGACCAAGCCACAGCAGGCGUUCAAGCGAGUCUUGGCUGAUAAUUCCUACUCUCCGUUCAAGCAUUUGAAGCUCAACGAGUCUGGUGAGGAGAAUGCUUUGAAUUCGCAUCCAUAUGAGGCAGAGAUUUCCGCAUUAUUAGAGAAUCCUCAACUUGAAUUCAGCUUCUUAAAUGGAAGUACGGAUUCGAAAAUGAGCGAGGAAUAUACUUGGAUUGAGACAGAGUCGCAGUUGAAGGAACUCCUUGGUGUUUUGAGCAAAGAGAGGGUCUUUGCUGUCGAUACUGAGCAGCAUAGUUUACGAUCCUUUCUAGGUUUUACAUCUUUAAUACAGAUUUCUACCCAGAAAGAGGAUUAUUUGGUGGACUCGAUUGCUCUGCAUGAUUCGAUGGGUGUUCUUCGCACGGUUUUUGCUGAUCCUAGUAUUUGUAAGGUGUUCCAUGGGGCUGAUAAUGAUGUUCUUUGGCUGCAAAGAGACUUCCAUAUAUACGUUGUUAAUUUAUUUGACACAGCGAAGGCAUGUGAGGUUUUGUCAAAACCACAGAAAUCACUGGCAUACUUACUUGAAACUUACUGUGGUGUAUCCACAAACAAAUUGUUACAGCGUGAAGACUGGAGACAACGUCCCCUAUCAAAAGAAAUGGUGCAAUAUGCUCGAAUGGAUGCACACUAUCUACUGUACAUUGCAAAUUGUUUGAUAGCUGAGCUCCAACAACAGGACACUGAAAUCUCUUGUCCCGAUGACAAAUUCAAUUUUGUUCUCGAGGCUAGUCGGCGUUCAAACAUGAUUUGUUUGCAACUCUACACAAAAGAGGUUGAAGCCUUUCCUGGGGAGUCUGCUGCAUCAUCAUUAUCUUCACGUCAUUUGAACAGUCAAGGAGGUGUUUCAUCAAUUUCUUGUAAAACCCAGUUUCAGGAUCUUGUGAGGCGAUUGUGUGCAUGGAGAGAUUUAAUGGCUCGUGUGCAUGAUGAGAGCUUAAGAUACGUAUUAUCAGACCAGGCUAUUGUCACUCUUGCAGACAGAGCUCCAAUGACUUCAGCAGAAAUAUUUAGCACCAUAACUCAAGCUGAUCUGAGUGUGGAAUUGAGUUUCAAUUCUUUCCUCCUGUCUCCAUCCCCUGUUGUUUGCAGUCAUUUGAAUGAUGUCUGUUCUCUGCUCCAGGACAAGAUAGGGAACUUUAAUGAUCUUUUUCCCAUGAUUCUCCAAAAGUGUUUAGGUCCAGGUGGGAGUUGUCCAUUUUCUGUUUUAAAUUAUGCUUUACUGGUUAACUGUAAUCUGAAAGUGACGGUUGCAUCCAAACAAAAUGGGGAAAGAAGUUCAAAGCAAGCUGCUCGAAAGUCUUCUCGAGAUCUGUUUGUUCAAAAAUUCUCCUGCAAAUCUCCAGUUUAUCAUAAUUGCAGAAUCUAUGCAAAUGAUGGGCGGUUGCUUUGUUACUGUGAUCGCAGGAAGCUUGAAUGGUAUCUCCUUAGAGAUUUGGCAAAACUUAUGGAUGAAAACCCACCUGCCAUUAUGCUUCUUUUUGAGCCCAAAGGUCGUCCAGAAGAUGAAGACAAUGAUUUUUAUAUCCAAAGUAAGAAAAAUAUAUGUGUUGGCUGUGGCGAAGGAAAUCACUACUUACGCUACCGCAUAAUUCCCUCGUGCUACAGAAUACACUUUCCUGAGCAUUUAAAAAGCCAUCGUUCUCAUGAUAUUGUCCUACUUUGUGUGGAUUGUCAUGAAGUUGCCCAUGCUGCUGCUGAGAGGUAUAAAAAACAGGUUGCUGCAGAAUUUGGAAUUCCCCUUUUUGUUAGUAAAGUGGUUGACUCAAAACAAGCCCAAGUUAUUUCGGGGUCAUCUGAGUCAGCAACGAACCUUGAGGAGGCAGGAGUUUCUCCCCUACAAUUGCGAACAGCGGCUAUGGCACUUCUGCGCCAUGGACCAAGAAUGCCAUCCAAGCGCCGUGAAGAACUGAAACAGAUUGUCAUGAGUUACUAUGGAGGAAGGGAGAUAACUGAGGUAGAUUUGGAAAUGGCUUUGCUAGUUGGUAUGAGUCCUCACGAGAGAAGACGACUUGAGAAGAAGAAAGGGCUGUCUUUUAAGCAGAGCAUCCUUCCAAAUGUGGAGCAGGAGAAUAAUAUAGGUUGCAUGGAGACAUCUUCCAUUGUGGAUGCAUCAGAACUUAGUGCUCUAGAUGGUUCUCACAACACCGAAGUAAAAGCAUGUUGUAGAAAAGAAGAUAGAGAAACAGAUGCUGAUGUAGGUGACUCCUCUAUUUGUGCUGAUUCAGGGAUUGAUGGAGAAAUUAGUUCUACUAAAGGGAAUGCAAAUUCUGAUGAAUAUGGAGUUUCUGAUACAAAAGGUGUCAAUGUUGUAAAUUCUGAAGAUAAUUGUGAGAGUAGAAGCCCAUCAGAUGGAACAGUUGACUUAUACCAUACAAAACAUGAUGGAACUGCCCGACAUAAGCAUAAUUCCAAAUUAUCAUUAUUAGGACAUGGACCACAUGGGAAACAAGUUGUAGAUCAUCUACAAAAGGAAUAUGGUGACGACGGUAUUCGUCAAUUUUGUCAAAGGUGGAGGCAAGUAUUUGUUGAGGCUGUUCAUCCUCGUUUCCUACCUGCUGGCUGGGAUGUAAUGCACAGUGGUAGACGGGACUUUGGUGAAUUUAGCGUAUACAAUCCUGCCAAGAAACCUUCUGCGACUGGUAAGGAUUAAAGUCUUUACAUUUCGCAUGCAGCUAUCUCGACAUCUGGUAUGGUGCAACUCGUAGCCGUAGGACUUCUAACACUGGUGUUGAAUGUUAUUUAAUUCCUCUAAUGCUUCUUAUUUGGGUAGAGACCUUUCCUUUUGGCUCUUGUUUGCCAGUUUUGUUUGCUACAGUGUGGCCGCUCGCCAAUGAUCCAACUCUAGCCUUUUGUGGUGCCGGUUCUUUUGUGCUCAAAGUCUUGCCUUGCCUUUGGUUGCAGCUCUCUGUGGCCACUUUGGUUCUCUUUAUGGGCCGUAUCAUUUAUUUGACUCAUUCCCGCUGGUUACUAUGUUACUUUAUUUUAGCACCGUCUUCUAGUUGUUUUAAGGAUAUUGUUUGGGUUGUCCUUUUUGCGUUUUAUCAUGUUGUAAUUCUCCAUUUCCCCUUUGACAUAUUUGAUUGGGAAAAAAAAAUAAAGAAUGAUAUUUAUUUUC